AUGACCAAGACCACCCAAGCCACCCACGCCACGCCUGCACUGAUUGGAAGCAAUCGUGUCGGUCCUCAUCCCGCCUCGAUUGGACGCCCAGUUGACCAUCCAGAAUGGCACAUGCCAACAGAGUCUGGAUAUGUUGUCGGAACCAAUUUAUUGGGGGAGCCCUUCAAACGUGAUCCCCUCAAGGUGAUUGUGAUGGGUGCUGGCGCUGCUGGUAUCGACUUCCUCCACCAUGCAACACAACUUCUUUCGGAUCUUAACGUGGAGAUCAAGUGUUUCGACAAGAAUGCUGAUGUGGGCGGCACUUGGUAUGAGAACCGUUAUCCAGGCUGUGCUUGUGAUGGACCUUCCCCGAGUUAUCAGUUCGCAUGGCGCCCGAACCCGGAUUGGUCGCACUACUACUGUGGUGCACCUGAAAUCUGGCAGUACAUGAAGGGCAUCGUGCUAGAUGAAAAGUUAGAUAGGUUCAUCCAGCUGCAGACCAGGGUAGUCAAGGCGACGUGGGAUGAGAACAAGGGGAGAUGGCGAAUCGUUCUGCGCCGUGCCGAUGAAUCCAUGGAAUGGGAGGAGGAAUGCGAUAUCUUCCUCAAUGGUACUGGAUUCGUCAAUGCUUGGAAAUGGCCGAAGAUUGAGGGGCUUCACAGCUUCAAAGGCAAGCUGUUCCACACCGCUGCCUAUGAAGAGGGCUACGAUCUCACAGGAAAGAGAGUGGCAAUCAUCGGAUCCGGAAGCUCUGGCGUCCAAACAGUCGCGACUGCCUAUCCCGAUGUUUCAAAGUUGUACACCUGGGUACGAAGUCCGACAUGGAUUACUGCAGGAUUCGCACAGAAAUAUGCAGGAGAAGGAGGUGAAAACACUGCCUUUACCGAGGAGCAGAAAGCCGAAUGGCGUCGUGACCCUGAGCUCUAUCGCCAGUAUAGAAAGAUGAUUGAAGAUGAGAUCAACCUUCGGUUUAAGGCUAUUCUGCGCAACACUGCGGAGUCGCAACAGACUAAUGAGUUUUCCUACAAGGAGAUGAGCCGGAAGCUGGGCGGAGACCCACGACUGGUGGACAAAGUUAUUCCGAAGGACUUCAACGUCGGCUGUCGCCGACCUACUCCUGGUAACGGUUACCUCGAAGCUCUAGUUGGUGAGAAAACUACCGUGUUCACUGAGACAAUCGGAUCAGUCACUCCGAAUGGAUUCAAGGAUCACAAUGGCGUUGAGUACGAAUGUGACGUGAUCAUUUGCGCCACUGGAUUCGACACAUCCUACCGUCCCCAGUUUCCAGUGACUGGCCUGGACAAUGUUUCCCUGCAAGAGCGAUGGGCAGAACUCCCCGAAUCUUACAUGGGAAUUGCAGCUCCCAAAAUGCCCAACUACUUCAUGUUCACCGGACCAUUCACGCCUGUUGCGCAGGGUGCAAUCCUGCCCAUUCUCACAGCUAUGAGCAACUACUUCGUGAAGGUUAUUCGAAAGAUGUAUUCUCAGCAUAUCCGCCGGAUCACUCCUAAGGACUCAGUCAUUGAGGAGUUCAUGGAGCACACUCGCGCCUAUCUUCCCCGAACUUCAUGGGCGGACCCCUGCGCCAGCUGGUUCAAGCAGGGACAUAAGGAUGGUCCAGUUGUGAUGUGGCCCGGCUCUCGUCUGGCCUUCUUCGAGGCUGUCAAAACGCCACAAUGGGAAGAUUAUGAUAUUCAGUAUCAUUCCAACAAUCGAUUUGGAUUUAUGGGAAGUGGAUUUGCGCCAUAUGAAUUCAGUGCUAAGGGAGAGAGUUCGCCAUAUCUGAAUGGCGACUUCGUUCCUACUCUGCCCCGAAGCAAGGUUGAGGAGAUGAUUGCCGAUGAAAAGACGAGCAAGACUGUUAAUGGUAAGCAUUAG